GAAAUAAACCAUCUUAGAAAGGUCUCACCGCUUGAAAACAGCGUUCAUGCAAUUCUGUUAACCUGUGUGAUGUUUUAAAGUGUAAAGUUGGAACUUUUUCUUGACGUGAAAUGGUGCAAAAACUGUGAUAACAUCUGAUAAUACUCAACAAAGCAAUCUUGUGAUAUGGCUCAGAACAAGAACACCAGUGAAUUCAUUCAGGAGUCGUCAAAUAUGACUAUUGGAUCAAGAGCAGAAGGAGUCGCCAUGUCGGAGCCAAAAAAAGACAAUUUCCGGAUGGUUUUUAUUGUGUUUAUCUCGCUCUUGAUUGACCUGCUGGGCUUCACAAUGAUUCUCCCGUUGCUGCCUUCCCUUCUUGAGUACUAUGGAAGAGAUGCAAAUGAUGUCACAUAUAACACUCUUCAACAAUCUGUCCAAGGCUUCCGAGAGUUUGUGGGUGCCCCCGAUACACCGCGAUGGAACUCAGUCCUUUUUGGGGGGCUGAUUGGCUCGCUGUUUUCCCUGCUGCAGUUCCUCUCAUCACCACUAGUGGGCGCUGCAUCAGACACAUAUGGAAGGAAAUCUAUGUUACUGCUUAGCUUGUCUGGCCUGUGUGUUUCGUACAUAUUAUGGGCUGUCUCCAGUAACUUUACAUUGUUCGUGAUAGCACGAAUCAUUGGGGGUAUCAGUAAGGGUAAUGUUAGCGUUAGCACCGCUGUCAUUGCUGAUGUCACCUCCAAGAAAAAUCGUGGAAAAGGAAUGGCGACGGUUGGAAUUGCUUUCUCAGUAGCGUUCAUCAUCGGGCCGAUCCUUGGCGCAGGCUUUGCCAAGUUGGUACGCAGUGAUCAAGACCUGUUCUUCCAGGCGCCAGCUCUUCUUGCCCUCACCCUCGCACUGGUUGAUAUCUUCGUCAUCGUCGCUUUCUUCAAGGAGACUUUACCGCUGGAGAAACGGGCUCCCUCGCUUGUGACAGGUUUAAGUGAUUCAAUGAAGUUCAUCAAUCCAGUGUCGCUAUUCAAGUUUGCCGCUGUCAAUAAUAUUGAUACAAAAGAUCUGUCCUCCUUGAGGCGGUACGGCCUUGUCUAUUUCCUCUACCUGUUUUUCUACUCGGGUCUUGAAUUCACACUCACGUUCUUAGUCCACAAUCGAUUUCAAUAUGAUAGCAUGCAACAAGGCAAGAUGUUUUUCUACAUCGGAGUGAUCAUGGUUCUGGUACAGGGUGGCUACGUGCGGCGACUCCCGCCGGGCAACGAGAGAAAGAUCGCCUUCCAAGGAAUGAUGCUCCUCAUACCCUCGUUCAUUGUGAUUGGCUGCACAACCAAUACAAUCGUAUUUUACAUCGGUUUACUCUUCUUUGCUUUCGCAUCAGCCACGGUAGUGCCAUGUCUCACGACGCUGGUCUCCUCGUUCGGUGAUGAGAAACAGAAGGGCACCGUGCUUGGUAUCUUCCGAUCUCUUGGUGCUUUGGCAAGAGCCGCUGGGCCUGUGGUGGCAUCUACAGUUUUCUGGAGUUUUGGUGCCGUGCCAUGCUACAUGAUGGGAAGUGUCUUCCUCCUGCUCCCACUCGUCCUCCUGCAGAAGAUGAAACCAACAACAAUGAAAGAAAAUUAGAAGAAAUCUGUGAAAAUAUGCAGCAAUCAUUUAAUAUAGACCCUUGAUAAGGUUUAAUAUGAGGUUGUGAUGAAGUAGUUUUGUCUUAGAAGUAUUAUAUUUCUAAUAUUUUAUAACCUCUCUAGCUCAUGCUUAUUGUUAGUAGUUAGUUGUUUUAGUAAUAGAUGAAGGGAUGCAAGGGAAAACGGCCCCAGUCAGAAUAGACUUCGGUGGUUUUGCCCGGGACCCCUUCAAAUGUAAUACUCAAUCCAUUAGGGUGCUCCAGAGGCCAUUCUAGCAAUGGCUAUUGUCUCUGAAAGUUGGUGCAACUGUUAACCCAAAUAUUGGGUCUCUGUAGCUGAUUUGAAAAUAUUGUCAAAUAAAGAACUCUGUAUUUUAUUGAUAUGAUAAAUGUAAUAUUUCUCUACUAAAAGCAGACACAAUCUGUUUAAUGAUGACUAUGAUGUUAAAAUAAGUUGUUACAUUUUACUAAAGGUUAUUGACAAGACAAGCUUCCAUUGGGAACAUUUAUGAUUUUGUAAACAAACUGAUACGAGAGCUCAACGAAUCAAAUGUAUGUUCUUAUAUUUGUCUAUUUAUCAAAAUAAACGCAUCCAUAUUUUCCUCA